CUAUUCUGAACCAAGCUGUAAUUAGUACAUCGUGGUCUGGUGGGAAGACUUUUUCUCCCUCACGAUCUUUUGUGCACUCGAGAUUUUUCAUGAUGAGAUCGGCAGUCCAACUUCAACCGCCGGGAACGACGCGAAGCACCGUUGAGCGAUCGAGCUUUGUCUGAGAGAGCGAGAGAGAGAGGUAGGGGAGAUCUCGAGAAGAAGGGUUUCUCUGCGCGCACACCUUUUAGUGAUCAAUCCAGAGCGGGCUUCGGGGUGGCUUCAGGAAUUACCUGCUCAGCUAUAUCUCCCUUCCAGUCUCUGUGCCCAAGAUGAGACUACAACAUUUCGGAGCAGAGCAAUCGUGACAAAGCGAAGCAGCCAAUGAAUGUUUAGUCCAUCAAAAAGUCUGUUGCGGAAAAGAAGAACACAGAGUUGAGUCUCUGGAUCUUUGAAGGCCCUUAUGUAUGUGCGACAAUGCGAAAAGAGUUGAUGAGUUAGCACCACAGAAAGGAAAUAACCAUUUCCUGUCCAAGCGGAUCUCAAGACAACAUGGAGAGUGACAAAGACAACCUGACAAAGCAGACAACCACCCUCAGUGCUAAUAAUAAGAACAAUUUCAAUGGAGCCACGCUACCUAAAAAGCACGGCGCAGUGGUGGAGGCGUGGCGGCCUCGACGAUCUCGUUCCCGAUCAACAAGUGAGAACACCAGUGACUUUCAACAACAACUCAAACGACACGCCAGUCAGGCCACAAUGUGGUACACCACAGUUCCACAAUCGAUCACCACACAUUCGUUAGGUUCUCGCCAUGCUCCCACUCGUCGAUCAUUGCGGCAUUCCAGGAUGUUAGUUCUCUCGAAAAAUGGAAGCGUUUCAGGGAAAUAUUUGCCCCACAUCAUCGACCCCUACAAACUCGGGGCAUGUUUGUCCCUCGCACAUUUGGUCACUGGAAUCUGUCUCAUUGGAUUCAUCUUUGUUCUCCUUCAUUGGGCUCCGUAUUUGGCAUCUUCGGACGUUUCACAUUUUUCAGGCCCUCCACAAUUCAUCGCCGCCUGGUUUUCCUUCAUGAUAAUGACCUGCUUUCGUUACUUCUAUCCCGGGACAAAACGAAAGGCAUGCGUGUUCCCCGCGAAGCGAUGGCACUUGAUGUGGAGUGCCCUUUUCAUGGGAUUGUCCUCAUUGUGCGCCUUAGCAGCUUUCUUGGUUCAUACCGCCCAUCUCUACUAUCUGUUCGUGGCCAUUCCGAGGUGUUCCGUGGCAGAAGUGAGCCGGGAUGAGUUCACGUCCCCUUGGUUAGGAUCUCUUACCAACUUGACUCAGGUCGAGCCAGUCAAAUGCAUUUGUCAGUAUAACCCUACCCGAUUGGACCAGAGCCUGAUCUAUUGGGGCCUUUCGUGCAUCGACGUGAAACGCGUGUUGCCCUUCUUCUUGACUACCGCCUCGGUCAUCAACUUCAUAGGCUGCUUCGUGGGCUUUUGGUACGUGGGCUUGGUCAUUCGAAGCUUGAUUCGAUCUUGGACCGCCCGUUCAUUCUGGUUUACCCACCGCUCACCCGAUGCGGCCAAAUUACCAAUGAUAUCUUAGAAUAAAAUUAUCGAUUAAAACAGA